AGCCCACGGAUUUGCCUUCCGCCUCCGCGUCGCCGGCGCCGAUGCCGCCGCCACGCGCGCUUCCGCUUCCGCACUUCACCCUCCCGCCGCUCGCCGGCGAGGACCACCUCUUCGUCACCGCCCUCCGCUCCCACCUCUCCUCCACGCCGCCCCCCGCCGCGGCCUCCCUCUCCCGCUUCCUCCCGCAGCUCACCCCCCUCCGCCUCUCCCACCUCAUCCUCCUCCUCUCGCCUCACGGCGACCUCCUCGCCUCCCUCCUCCCUUCGCCGCCGCCGCCGCUCCCCUUCGCAGUCCUCCUCCACACCCUCCCCCCGCGCCGCUCCUCCGAGCUCCUCGCCUCCCUCCUCCCCUCCGUCCCGCACCACGCCUUCCCGGACCUCCUCCACCACGUCGUCCUCACCGCCCGCCUUGCCGCCGCGCCCCACGGCGGCGGCCGCGGCGCUGUCCCGGCUCUCAACGUGGUCUUCUCCGUCUGCGCGCGCGGCAAGAAGCUCUCCCUGGCUACCCUCGCCUUCCGCACCAUGCGCGCCCAUGGCCUGCUCCCGCGUGUCGAGUCCUGCAACGUCUUCAUCUCCGCCGCGCUCGGCCUCAGGCGCCCCGAGAUCGCGCUGUCGUUCUUCCGGGAGAUGCGCCGGUGUAGGAUCUCGCCGAAUAUCUACACGGCCAACAUGGUGCUGCGAGCGUACUGUGACCUGGGGCGGACCGCCGACGCCGCCGAGGUGCUCGACAAAAUGCCAGAGUGGGGUGUUCAUAGGACGACAGUCAGUUUCAACACGCUGAUCGCCGCAUACUGCAGGGAUGGUAUUGAUGCAGGGCCUGCAUUGCAACUGAAGAGGAAGAUGGAGCAGGAGGGGUUGGUGCCUGACGUUGUGACUUAUGACACAAUUAUCCAUGGGCUGUGCAAGGAGGGAAGGAUGGGCAAGGCGAACCAGGUGGUGAGUGAGAUGAAGACGAAGGGGGUUAUGCCAAACACAGUCACGUACAACACACUGAUUUAUGCAUAUGUGAUACGUGGUGAUAAUGCCAUGGCGUCUAGGAUUCAUGAGGAGAUGGUUAAGAACCGGGUGGAGCUUGAUAUUGUGACAUAUAACGCGCUCAUUCUCGGGCUUUGCAAUGAAGGGAAGAUGAAGAAGGUAGAGCACUUGCUUCGUGAGCUUGAUAGUGCCAAGCUUGAACCGAAUGCAUCAACCUUGUCAGCACUGAUUAUUGGGUGGUGCAAGAUGCAGAACUCAGAGAGAGCAUUCCAACUGUUGAAUGUGAUGAAGAAAAGUGGCUUCCAUCCGAAUUAUGCCACAUAUAAGAUGGUUAUAUCUUCUUUUUGCAAGAACAAGGAUUUAGAAGGAGCAGUCGAUGUAAUGAGGGACAUGUUGGGGAGGUGCAUGGCUCCUGACAAGGCAUUGUUGAAUGAAUUUUUUGAUGGUCUCUGGGAGGCUAAAAAAAUACAUCUGGCAGAGAACUUCCGAUCACUGUAUAAUGGUGUAAAGUUCAUUCCUGAUGUCUACUAUACUGGUGAUUACAGGAAUAUGGAUGAAGUGAUAACCAAAUGCUAACGCGCAGAGCUAACUAUCAAAUGUCAUGAGAACGUACAGUUGGUCAAGACGAAUAAUGUCUGGAGAACACAAGAAUUUCAAUAGCUGUGCUAAUAACAAUGGGGAAUUGAUUUUGGCAUUUUUAAUGGAGUUCCAUCAGACAGUAUGUGCACACACCCUGAUAAACGAUCUUGCUAUAACUUUUAUAUGUAAGAGGUGUAAUUCAAGCAAAACUUUGGACUACAUUGGCAUGAUACAUACCGCACAGAGGAGAGGUAUACAAUAAAUUCUUCCAUAACCUGAGGUUGGUAUCCUUACGCUUCUCUGCAGCAACUACUUUUUCAGUGUACAUCUUUUCAGGUUAUAUAUUUCUGCAACCACUAUAACAUGAGCGAUUGUUUAGAAAACUGUACAUGCGACAAAUGCAAACUUUUGUUUUGAAAAAGGAAAAUACACCAUAUUUUUUGUAAUUUCUUGAAAUAGAACACAACUCUUCUCACACAUUACCUGAGUACGGUUCGGCUCUCUCUCUCUCUCUCUGUCUCUCUGCUUCUUGAGCUCGAAUUCCGACCACCGGAAGCGAGGACGACGCUCAGGCCACGGAUUCGUCCGCUGAGCUAGCUCCGGAAGAGCAGUUCCUUUUCUUUUAUCUUCUUUCGUCUUCUUUCUUGCUCCCCUUGCUGCCUCCGAUUGGCCUCGGCGAAGAGUUGAGCUGUGCGGGAUCGGACACGGUGAGAUCCUAGCUGAUCCUGCUUGCUGGGAAGCAGAGCUAGCGGGCUAAAGCCUAAAGGUCCCACCUUUUUUUAUCUUCUCUAGCUUCGUUUCGGCCGCUUGUUCUUUUUUGUUUGUUGGCAUGCUGUUUUUCUCAGCAGGUCUGAAGGUUAGGGGUGGUUAAUAAUGGAGGGAUCCUACCAAAUGAAUGGCAUACUGAAUGGAAUGCGUAAUUUGAGGCAUCCAUCGUCGCCCUCUGAAGUUGAUGAAUUCUGUAAGGCGGUUGGUGGUGAUUCACCAAUACACAGUGUGCUGGUUGCCAACAAUGGCAUGGCUGCUGUCAAGUCCAUGCGCAGCGCCGCAGCAUCCAUACAUGGGCGCUGGAGACCUUUGGAACAGAGAAGGCGAUUCUUUUGGUCGCCAUGGCAACUCCCGAGGAUUUGAAGAUAAAUGCGGAGCACAUAAGAAUUGCUGAUCAAUUCGUAGAAGUUCCUGGUGGUACAAAUAAUAACAAUUAUGUGAAUGUGCAGCUCAUAGUUGAGCAGAGAGAACUCAUGUUUCUGCAGUUUGACCUGGCUGGGGUCAUGCAUCUGAGAAUCCAGAACUUCCGGAUGCACUGAUGGAAAAAGGGAUAUUCUUGGGCCACCAUCAGCCGCAAUGGCAGCAUUGGGUGAUAAGAUUGGGUCAUCUCUAAUUGCACAAGCAGCAGGAGUUCCAACUCUUCCAUGGAGUGGAUCACAUGUGACAAUUCCACAAGAAAGCUGCCGUUCGAUACCUGAGGAGCUGUACAAGGACGCCUGUGUCUCCACUACAGAGGAGCUGUACAAGGAUGCCUGUGUCUGCACUAUAGAGGAAGCAGUAGCUAGUUGUCAGGUGGUGGGCUAUCCCGCUAUGAUCAAGGCAUCAUGGGGUGGUGGUUGUAAAGGAAUAAGGAAGGUGCAUAAUGAUGAUGAGGCGAGAGCUUUGUUUAAGCAAGUGCAGGGAGAAGUCCCUGGCUCACCUAUAUUUAUUAUGAAGGUGGCAUCCCAGAUGCUAGGUUGGUAGGGGCUAAAAAUGACAUUGCACAUCAUUUUUUGGACAUAUACAGAGGUUCUUAUGUAUUCAUAAAUUUGAUGUCUAAAGCAACAAAAAAAAAUCUGAUGUAUUCAUAAAUUUGAACUUAUUGAGAGAGAAAAAAAAUCUGUGUACAACAGAAGGAAGGUGAAGAAGAUAAACUGUUAGUUAAACUGUGUAUGCCGAGGCCUGAACACAUGCUUGUGUCGCCCUGCUGGUAUGAUCUUAUUGAACUAUUAGUUAAACUGCCAUCGACCAGAAGCGAGGACACUGUCUCCUGAAAAUUUGGUGAUCCAGAUGUUGCAGACGGAGCAGGAGCUGGGCAUUCCAGUGUUGUUUCUGUCAUAACCAUGGCAACAGCGCAAGAAUUCCACCUUAGCAUGCUAUGAUGGGUCUGACCUGCAUGGCUGUCACCUGAUUCUCCCAGGUUUCAUUAUGAAGGUACAUGUACUAUUGCUAUGUGGAAAGAAAAGGCAACCCUUGUUUUUGCGUUACAUGUGGGUCUAGACCUUAUGCUUUGUGAUAUUUACUCAAAUUUUACUUAGCCUGCAACUUCUACAAUGGUAGAUAACUAGUUGUGGAUUAUUUAUCUUUCCAAUGAAAAGGAGGAAAUGAUGGAACAAGUUUACAUUCGUGCGUAACACUUUUACAGAAUCGUCUCCUUGUGCUAGUAGUUAAUGAGCACCAAGAACAGCAUUGGCUUGAUAAUUUGCACAUACAAUUUGGAAUCUCCAAGGUACCGCAGAUAAAAAAAAUGUCUACUGCCUUUGCACAAUCUUCCAGUUUCCAUCCUAUGACCAUGCAUGCAACCAUGAGGCUUCAGAUACUUGCCUAACAUACUGUAAACAAACUGGAAUGUACCCUCUCUUCUCUUCUGGCAAUUUGGGAAAAACUUUGUGCAAGGUGUUGUAUUUUCAUUUAUACUAUUAGUGUCUGUUACGUAUGAAUGCUGAUACCUUUUUCUCCAAUCCAGCUGGAGAUGCUGUGGGCUGCGGCUAACAAACAUUAGAGUUUUGUAACGUCAGUCAUCUUAGUGGAAAAGGAUGGCAUAAUAAUUAGGCAGUUAGCAGCAAUCGUCCACU